CCCUGCAGCCAAACAUCAAACGGGCCUAGUCGGCGAGUUUACGCCCUUUAUAAGGGAACUCUCCACCACUCCCAAACAAAUUCGGCUUGCAUCCUAUCUGGUCUAUUCGGGGUUUGAUCUUCUCUGCAAUCCCCUUCUUGCUAAUCUCCGUUUCGCGAUCGCAUAAGCACCUGGAAAAUGCAAGGAAACAGAGGAAAUGGGGAUCCUUUUUUUGGGUUUGGUGACCCUUUUGCUGGCUUUGGCGGGUUUAGUGGCUUUGCAGGUCCAAGGAGUUUGUUGCCUGGCUUCUUUGGAGGGAGGGACCCUUUCGAUGAUCCUUUCUUCACACGCCCAUUUGGAGGCGUGUUUGAGUCUGGCUUCUUUGGUCCUGCCGGGAAUCCUUUUCCUGAUUUACAUGCCCCUCAAAUUCUUGGCCAUCAAGUCUCCCAGCCUAAUAGACCCAGUCGACCAAUAAUUGAAGAAUUAAACUCGGAUGAUGAAAGGGAACAAGAAGAUAACGAGAAGAAAGAUAAACCCAGAAAGCAUGGUAGAUCAAACAAAGAGCCUUAUGUUGAGGAACCAGAGGAUGAAGCUGAAGGGAGAAAGCGCAAGCAAAUGCAGUACAUGAAUGAUUUGAGCAGAGUGAAGACUACCCAUUCACGUCCCCAAACUCACAGUUUCACAUUUCAGAGUUCCUCCGUCACGUAUGGCAGUGCAAAUGGAGCAUAUUAUACCUCAUCUAGAGCGAGGAGGACUGGAAGUGAUGGACUGACAAUUGAUGAAAGCAGAGAAGCUAAUACAGCCAGUGGUCGAGCUUCUCAUCAAGUUUCUAGGGGCAUCCAUGAUAAGGGUCAUACAGUUGCCAGGAAGCUGAAUUCUGAUGGUAGAGUGGGUACAAUGCAGACCUUGCACAACCUUAAUGAAGAGGAGCUAGCUGGUUUUGAAGAAGCUUGGAAAGGAAAAGCUAGAAAGCACUUACCAGCCUGGAGUGAAGGUUUCAAUGUGCAUGAUGUUUCUGGAUCAAGUGGUCAAAACGGGCAGGCAAGCAGGAGUAAUUUGGCACUCCCUUCAACUGAGUUGGGGGGCGUGAGAUCUGGUGUAGGCGAAACCGGCCCGUCAUAUUCAAAGCUUUUAGAGAAAAUGAAAGCAGACGCUGGUGAGAGGAUGGGCUCUUCUGGUGCGAGAGCUAGGAGGCGUUGAGUAGGUGCUCUCCUUGCUGCAUCUCUCCUCCCCCCUCCUUGGUUCAAUGCACAGCAUGUUGGUCUUGUCUAGAGCUUGCUACCAUCUUGUUCCUGCUUCUGCAUCCAUUAGUAGGCUAUGCUUAAACUGAGAAGGGCACGUUAGAUGUAGUAGCAUAUGCUUCUUUUUUGCAAGUUAUAUUGGGUUGUGUAUUGAUGAUAUCUUUAAUAUAGGUAUGUCCUUGGGUUGGGGGAACACCCUUUUAACAUCUUUCCUGUCGGUGAUUCAGCCAAACCAUGUUAAACUGUGAACAUGUACGCAUAUCAAUAAUUCCUUCAUCGUUGGUUGACUCAUUGAACGAUCCGUGUCUUUGAGCUUUCCAGGGGACACUUGUGAUUUUGAUUUUUUUAUAAAUAUCUUAUGUGAUUUAUAUUUUAGUAUUUGCACUUUA